AUGAAGUCAAAAAACGGAGGGUCUUUGCUCGACUACCAAGGGAACGGAGACAACGGUGGAUGCCACUAUGGAAGACAAAGGCCCACCUUGAAUUUCAAUGUCACACCAAAACUGCCUAGUUCGUUAAAGCUCGAUAAUAUUGACAAACAAGUCGAUGUGAUGGAAGCCCAAAACAGACCCAUCGCCGGCGGCGAUGGAGACCCGACAAUCGGCCCGAACCUCCAAAUGGUGAGUGAAGAAGUGCAAGACCCGAACCCGACCCGACAUCUCCAUCACCGACUCAACCUCCAGACUCGGCCCGACCCGGAACCCGCCGAGCCCAUCCGUUACGCUCGGGACGACGCUUUCGGGCCGGGCGGGGGCUGGAGCGACGCCGCCGGCGAGGGGGAAUGGUUGGACGGAGAAUGUGGCGGCCAUGUAGCGGGUCCGGCCGGCGUCGACUUUUCCGGCGGGUAUGAACAUGAGGCCGACCUGGGCGCCGGCGUGGAGGAGGCGGAGGGAGCUGUCGUAGUGGGUGAAGGCGGCGCGGUUGGGGUUGGUGAGGGUGGCGUACUGGGAGAAGGUGAACCCGACGGUGGAGUUGGCGGCGGAGAAGGCCGGGAUCUGGACGGCGUUGACGGCGAGGAUGGGGGGCUUGGGCUUGAAUACGGUGAAGAAGGCGAUGAGGGCGACAAUGACGAUGAAGAUGAGGAAGACGGUGGCGACUAUGCACGAGGCGAGGUUGGUCCGGCCGGUGGGCGGCGGCUUGUUGAUGAAAGCUAA